CGGGCCGAGCCGAGCCGAGCCGAGCUGCGCCGCAUGGCGCUGGCCUGAUGUCGGAGCGCGGCUCGGUGCCGCGGCGGCGCUGCGGGAGCAGGAGGAGGAUGGCGGGGCUGGCGUGGAAGUGGCCGCGUACCCGCCUGCCCGUGGGCGCCAGCGCCCUGGGCGUCUUCGUCCUCUGCUGGCUCUACGUGUUCCCGGUGUACCGGCUGCCCGACGAGAAGGAAAUCGUGCAGGGCGUGCUGCUGCAGCAGGGCAAGGCGUGGAGGAGGAACCAGACUGCGGUCGCCCUGUUCAGGAAGCUGCUGGAAGAAUGCUGUGACCCUGGGCAGCUCUUUGCUAUGACAAAGAUGAAUUCCCCUAUGGGAAAGAACCUCUGGUUUGACGGGGAAUUUUUAUAUUCUGUCACAAUUGACAAUGCAACUUACUCUCUCUUCCCACAGGCUACUCCCUUCCAGCUGCCACUGAAGAAAUGUUCCGUGGUGGGAAACGGUGGGAUCCUGAAAAAGAGUGGCUGCGGCAAACAAAUAGAUCAAGCAGAUUUUGUCAUGCGGUGCAACCUUCCUCCUCUCUCCAGUGAAUACAGCAAGGACGUUGGAUCCAAAACCCAACUGGUGACUGCAAAUCCCAGUAUAAUUCAGAAAAGGUUCCAGAAUUUGCUGUGGUCCCGAAAAGCCUUUGUGGACAGCGUGAAGGUCUAUAACCACAGCUACAUCUACAUGCCAGCCUUCUCCAUGAAAACAGGGACGGGACCCUCCCUCCGCGUCUACUACACCCUGGAGGAUUUUGGGGCCAAGCAGGCCGUCCUUUUUGCCAACCCAAACUUCCUGCGGGACAUUGGCAAGUUCUGGAAGAGCAAAGGUAUUCAUGCCAAACGCCUUUCCACGGGGCUUUUCCUGGUCAGUGCUGCCCUUGGUUUGUGUGAGGAAGUGACAAUUUACGGCUUCUGGCCGUUCUCGGUGGACCUGCACGGGAAGUUUAUCAGCCAUCACUACUAUGACAAUGUCCUGCCUGACUCCGGAUUCCAUGCCAUGCCAGAGGAAUUUCUACAGCUUUGGUUUCUUCAUAAAAGUGGUGUACUGAGAAUGCAGCUAGAACCGUGUGAGGACCCUCUUAUCCAGCCUUCAGCCUGAGGAUCAUAGGAGUCAGUUUGGGCGAUCCGAUAGUUUUUAAUUUCCAUGCUCUCCAACAGAGAGUUCUGUUUUAUGUUGGUUGUUCUUAAAGCGAUCUGCAUGGACCAUAAGAAUGCUGCUUGAAGGCCAAAUGGAAUAUGUCCUUAUUAUUUAGUGCUUUAUGGAACUGGGAGGGGAUGAAAUGUGUCUCUCCAUCAAGUCCAUUCAGCAGCAGUGGGAAAACAAUGUCAGAAGCAGCACAGCUAAACUUUCCAGGGACGUUUUUAAGUGACAAGUGUAAAAAGGGCAUUAAGGCUCAGAGAGUCACCAGGCCACUCAUAAGCUUUUGAUGACAGUGCCAAAUAUGACUAUCUGUUCCAAAUUCCAUUUCAUUCCAGAUCAGCACCCUGUAGAACUUUCCUUUUUCCUUGCUUUUUUCCUCUGUUUGGGUGUGUGGGUGUGUGUAGGACAGCAUAUGUGUGUCAUUGACUCUUUAUUUCUUUUCCUUUUAUUCCUUUUUAUUUUGAUCCCCCGCCCUUCCCCGGCCCUCCCUCCCCAGGAGGAAAAGGAAGGGCUUAAAAGCCCAAGGAGCUGAGUACCAUCAGCUCCUCUGAA